AUGCCCGCUUCUCACUCUUCAUCAAUCCAGGCUUCGCCUCGCCACAUGAGGCUGGUCACUUCACAAGAUCUCCUCCACACCAGCAUAAACGCAACUCUCUCGACAAAGACGGACCGCCCUUCAACUCCGGUGCACCACAUCCAAGAAGAUGAUUAUGGUGUUCCGGCACCUCCUCCUCCCAGCCCAAGACAACUCGUUACCCAUAAGCCUCACACCACAACUCAAAUAAGCGGCAGGUUGGUAGCGCUCUGGAGUCUGGGUCACUUGGAGGGCAAAUCAAAUAAUGGGUGUCAAGGGCGUAUGGGUUUGACAUGGGGACAGGCAAAAGUUUAUUGUCAGGUGUUGUUCGAGUUUGGGAUCGUGGGUACUUGCAGCUGCCGUGUUUUUGUUGGAGUUAAGUUGUCGGUCCUGUACUGGGCUCGCUCUGCGAUGAUGCUCCGUAUCGAUCAAGUCGGCCAAGUCGUCCUUGUAUGGGUACAUAGAAACAAGUACAAAACCCAUUCCGCAACACCCAAUCAAAUUCGUCUUACACCGAGGGCGGAGGCAAAGACGAAAUCCCUAAUUGGGAGGCAGGCAGCUAGACCGCCAUUCCAUGUCUUGAGAUGGCUUGAGGGGAAGCUCACCAUGCAUCCUUAG